AGCGAAUUGUGUCUGCAAAAUAAUUUGUACUUAUAAAAAGAGACUACAGGGGGCGAUGUGAGCAACAAGAAGGAGGUUUUCCGGAAAUUCGUCUUAAAUCAAGCGGAAGUGGAAAAAUCCAAGAUGGAGGUGGACGGAGCUGGUCAUAUGGAGAUGGGGGAUACUAAAGGUGGCUCGGGUCUCCGGCAGUACUACUUGUCUAAGAUAGAAGAGUUACAGUUGACAGUGAAUGACAAGAGCCAGAAUCUCAGGCGUCUGCAGGCACAGAGAAAUGAGCUCAAUGCCAAAGUGCGUCUCCUUCGAGAGGAGCUGCAGUUACUGCAGGAGCAGGGGUCCUACGUAGGGGAAGUUGUUAGGGUCAUGGACAAAAAGAAAGUGCUGGUUAAGGUUCAUCCAGAAGGAAAAUUCGUCGUGGAUGUGGACAAGAACAUUGACAUCAAUGAUGUAACUGCAAAUUGCCGCGUAGCUCUGCGUAACGACAGUUACACCCUGCACAAAAUCCUGCCCAACAAGGUGGACCCUCUGGUAUCUCUUAUGAUGGUGGAGAAGGUGCCAGACUCCACCUAUGAAAUGAUUGGUGGCCUGGAUAAACAGAUCAAGGAGAUCAAAGAAGUGAUUGAGCUGCCUGUCAAGCACCCAGAGCUCUUUGAGGCUUUAGGCAUUGCACAACCUAAGGGCGUGCUGCUGUACGGCCCCCCCGGUACAGGGAAGACCCUGCUGGCCAGAGCUGUUGCCCACCACACUGACUGUACCUUCAUCCGGGUUUCUGGCUCUGAGCUGGUCCAGAAGUUCAUUGGAGAGGGCGCUCGUAUGGUACGUGAGCUGUUCGUCAUGGCCAGAGAACACGCUCCUUCCAUCAUCUUCAUGGAUGAGAUCGACUCCAUCGGGUCAUCUCGUCUGGAGGGCGGCUCAGGUGGCGACAGUGAGGUGCAGAGGACGAUGCUGGAGCUCCUCAAUCAGCUGGACGGUUUUGAGGCCACAAAGAACAUCAAGGUCAUUAUGGCCACCAACCGUAUCGACAUCUUGGAUUCUGCUCUGCUCAGGCCAGGCAGAAUCGACAGAAAGAUUGAGUUCCCUCCUCCAAAUGAAGAGGCCCGUCUGGACAUCUUGAAGAUCCAUUCCAGGAAGAUGAACCUGACACGUGGCAUUAAUCUAAGGAAGAUUGCAGAGCUGAUGCCCGGAGCCUCUGGUGCUGAGGUUAAGGGUGUUUGCACAGAAGCAGGGAUGUAUGCUCUGAGGGAAAGGAGAGUUCAUGUCACCCAGGAGGACUUUGAGAUGGCUGUGGCAAAGGUGAUGCAAAAAGACAGCGAGAAGAACAUGUCGAUCAAGAAGCUGUGGAAGUGAAAGGCUUUGUGUAUUCUUGCACACAAUGCAAACAUGUAUAUUUUCCUUUUGUUUGGUUUAUAAUUGUCAUUCUAAAGUAAAUGGUUUCCCCAAAUGGA